GGUAAAAAUGGAAGGGGAGUGACGUGCUGGCUGCAAUCCGGCUGGCCGGUUUACGAGUCUGAAAUCGAAAUAAUCGGUCGACGAUGUUUAACUGGACGCAAAACUGGGGAGAUACUGAGGCCCUUUGGAGGAAAGAGGUGGGCACCGUGGGAGGCGGGAAGAGUGACACUGAUGUGUCUCAGGAAUGUAAGGUAGUAACUUUCAAGGGCUGCGCACCAUCUGUGUCGGAUGCACUUGAGUGCUUGUUUGAAGAAGGCUUGUUUGGCGGCCCCACCCAGACCAGCCCAAGCAGAACAUCCGGAGAUGGGGUUCCGGGGUAUAUAUUUGAAUCGGCGCAUCUCCCAACUGAUUUUUGUACACCGUGAGGUUUGAAAACCACUGUUUUUAAAGCGACAGCCGGAGAAGAUGCUCUUGCUCUUCCCCGUCAUCAGGAAAGCUGUGUGUUGGUGAGGAAGCCCCUCCACGCUGAACAAGUAGCUGUCACACCUCGUUGGUACCUUUGGUGUUAAGUAUUACUGCGUCUUGAUUUAGAUUUUGUCUCCUCCUUCCUUCUUGACACGAAAAGAUUUAUCAACAGACUGCAAUUUCUUCACUGCCAAAAUGACAUCAUUUUCCACCUCUGCCCAGUGUUCAACUUCUGACAGUGCUUGCAGGAUCUCUGCUGAACAGACCAAUCAGGUACGACCCAAACUGCCACUUUUGAAGAUUUUGCAGGCAGCUGGUGCACAAGGUGAAAUGUUCACUGUUAAAGAGGUCAUGCACUAUCUGGGCCAGUAUAUAAUGGUGAAGCAGCUCUAUGACCAGCAGGAGCAGCAUAUGGUGUAUUGUGGUGGAGAUCUUCUGGGGGAACUGCUAGGACGUCAGAGCUUCUCCGUGAAAGAUCCAAGUCCUCUCUAUGAUAUGCUAAGAAAGAAUCUUGUCACUUUAGCGACUGCCACUACAGAUGCUGCUCAGACUCUCGCUCUCGCACAGGAUCACAGUAUGGAUAUUCCAGGUCAAGACCAACUGAAGCAAAGUUCAGAAGAAAGUUCCAGUUCCAGGAAAAGAACGGAAGAAGGGAAUAUUCCUACACCACCUACCUCACAACAUAAAUGCAGAAAUUCUAGAGAAGGUGAAGACUUCGUAAAAAACUUAGCCCAAGGUGAGACCUCUAAGCUGGACCUUGGGUUUGAGGAGUGGGAUAUAGCCGGGCUGCCUUGGUGGUUUUUAGGAAACCUGAGGAACAACUAUACACCUAGAAGUAAUGGCUCGACUGAUUUACAGACAAAUCAGGAUAUAGGUACUGCCAUUGUAUCAGACACCACAGAUGAUUUGUGGUUUUUGAAUGAGUCUGUAUCAGAGCAGUUUGGUGUGGGAAUCAAGGUUGAAGCUGCAGAUUCUGAACAAACCAGUGAAGAAGUAGGGAAAGUAAGAGACAAAAAGGUGAUUGAAGUGGGAAAAAAUGAUGACCUAGAGGACUCCAAGUCCAUAAGUGAUGACACAGAUGUAGAAGUUACUGCUGAGGAUGAGUGGCAGUGUACCGAGUGCAAGAAAUUUAACUCUCCAAGCAAGAGGUACUGUUUCCGUUGCUGGGCCUUGAGGAAGGAUUGGUAUUCGGAUUGUUCUAAGUUAACCCAUUCUCUCUCCACAUCUGAUAUCACUGCCAUACCUGAAAAGAAGGAAAAUGAAGGAAUUGAUGUCCCUGAUUGCCGAAGAACCAUAUCAGCUCCAGUUGUUAGACCUAAAGAUGGGUACACAAAGGAGGAAAACCCUAAACUUUUUGAUCCUUGCAACUCCGUGGAAUUCUUGGAUUUGGCCCACAGUUCGGAAAGCCAGGAAACUAUAUCAAGCAUGGGAGAACAAUCAGAUAACCUUUUUGAACAGAGAGCAGAUACAGAAAACAUGGAGGACUGCCAGAAUCUCUUGAAGCCGUGUAGUCUGUGUGAGAAGAGACCACGAGAUGGAAACAUUAUUCAUGGGAGGACAGGCCAUCUUGUCACUUGUUUUCACUGUGCCAGAAGAUUGAAGAAGGCUGGGGCUUCAUGCCCUAUUUGCAAGAAAGAGAUUCAGUUGGUUAUUAAGGUUUUUAUAGCGUAGCUGACUCCGUGAACUGCAGAAAAUAUUAACAGGGCUGAGUCGUGUUUCAAAAUGUCAGUAUUGAGCAUCUCUACUCUGUGUAACUCAAAACAUCUAUUUAUUUAUUUAGGUAGACAUCUGUGUUCUCCAACAGUUUGUUUCUAAACUUAUAAGGAAUUUGAGAAUUGAGUUCCUUAGAACUAGAUUGCCAGUUGGGGAUGCCAUUAACAUGAAAAGAUAGGUUAACCACUGACUUCAUUCUCUUUUUAAAGAUGAGGAUCUGGGAGAAAGCAACUGCCAGUACUAACAAAAAAUACAUUAAUUCGCUCACUUAUCAAAUUAUUUGAAGAUUUACUAUUUCUUUAGUUAAUUUUAUUUCCUGUUCUUUUUUUCUGUUAGGGAAUGUUAUUAGUCAUUAAGAUCCAAGGUGACUAUUAGAAAAAUAUUAAAGCUAACAAUGAAAAAAAAUAAUAAAUUUGAAUAGUCAAGUUAUGUAAUGCUAUGCGUUGUUGCAGUCAGGCUGCACGAUUCAGAUAAGCUACAAGAAAAGUCUUGAAAAACAAGCACUUUUUUCAUGUGUGUCUAGAACAAUAGUAUUGAGCAUUUUUGCUAACACAGUCCGGAAAGAAUUUUUGAAAAAGUGUAUAUAACCAUUUGUACAUUUUACACCACGAGGUAGCAGACAGAGUGUUCCCUUCGUGAGUUGUAGACAUCCGAGUAGCCAUCCUUAAACAAGCAACAGAAUGUUUCUGUCUGCUUAGAAAGUUCCCUUGUUCCUCUUUUUAAGCAGUUCUCUCUCCAUUUCCUGGCUCUCAUUCUAGGUUAGCUGACCAUUUGCACAUGUUUAAUGUAACAUAUAAAUUUUAAAAAUACCUUUAAGUACUUAGAAAGGAUACCCUAGCCACUAUAUUGUAUAUGUGCCUUAAUAUUUUUCUCAAAGCCUUGAAGCUAUAGAUUUAGUUGAUUAAAUUCUGGAAAAAGUCUUGUCAUAUAAAGUAGCAAAGCUGUUCUCAUUGUAAAAUUCAUCAGCCAUAUCAGAUUUCACUUUCAGUCAGAAAAUGUUUGACUUUAUUUUUGAAAAUAAAUGCAUGAGCACAUUUCUGGCCCAAACAAAUUACAAUUCUAAGGUAGAUAAGGCACAGAAUUUUUAACCUAAGCUCCCUUUUGCUUUACUCUGUCCUCAUUAUCUUCUGAGAAUCCUCUGGAGGUUUUUUGUUGUUCUUUUAUUUGAUGCCCCUAGAUGUUUUUUGCAUUCUGAGGCAAUGCCCCAUAGUAAGAGUCUAGUUGGGUGAGAGGCAGGCUUUCUUUUGGAAAUAGGGAGUAUGGUAGUUGUGAAAAGGAUAGUAAAGAAAAAUGAUAGAUCUGAAGAAGCACAUUAAUCUUAGGACAGUACAAAUGGAAACUGAAGGUCUUUAAGCUCAUGUCCUUAAUACCUAUCCCUAUACCUUUUUCAUGGAAAAAUCUUAGUAUGCCCAGGGGUAUGCAUAUGAGAUUUUGGAGACCAGGGCCCUAGGAUUUUUUUUAACAUUUAUUUAUUUUUGAGAGACAGAG